AUGACAAAUGGAUAUUAUGAAACUUUUAAAGAAAAUGCAUUAAUACUUGUUACAACUUCAAAUUCUUUUUUAACAAUAUCUGAUUCUCAAACUAUUCAACAUGAUAUAAUAUAUUUAUCUCAUGUUCAA